AUGCCUUUCCUCUCCCCGGCCCGCAGCGCAGCAGCUGCUCCGUGCCAGGCUCGGCUCCCGGCUGUUUUGCCGGCCCACACCUGCGAUGAGAUGGUGCCCGGCCUCAGCCCCUUAGGCAGGGAGCGGAGCCCCGGGUGGCGCAGAGCAGGAGCGGCCCCUGCCGCGCACGGAGGCAGAGACACACCGGUGGGCAGCGAGCGGCGGAGCCGCCAGCACCCCACGGGGAUGCCCACGCCGGCCGCAGCCGCCGACAGCUGCGGGGCCGCGGCCGAGGUUCGAGAGCCAGGGCAUUGCCUGAGCCCCUCCGGGCGGCUGGCGGCCGCGGUCUGCCUGGGCACCGUGGGCAGCCUGGGCUUCUGCAGCAACCUGCUGGUGCUGCUGCUCUUCUGGCGUUACCGAGCGCUGCGCUCUCCCAUCAACCUGCUGCUGCUCAACAUCGCCGUCAGCGACUUGCUGGUCUGCGCCCUGGGCACUCCGCUUGGGAUGGCCGCUGCCCGGGACCGGGGCUCGCCGGGGGCCGCCUGCACCUGGCACGGCUUCGCCAACGCUCUCUGCGGCAUCGUCUCCCUCACCUCCCUGGCUGUACUCUCUUACGAACGUUACUGCACCAUGACAGGAACAACAGAGGCUGACACCACCAACUACAGGAAAACAAGGAUAGGCAUUGUCCUAUCCUGGAUGUACUCCUUGAUCUGGACUACCCCUCCUCUUUUUGGCUGGAGCAGUUAUGGGCCGGAAGGACCAGGGCCGACGUGCUCUGUGAACUGGCAUUCAAAGGACGCCAGCAAUGUGUCCUACAUCAUAUGUCUUUUCAUCUUCUGCCUUGUCGUCCCUUUUGGCAUUAUUGUCUAUUCCUAUGGGAGGAUUCUGUGUGCUGUGAGGCAGGUGAGCAACAUCCACAAAGGGGCAGGACGGAAUCGGGAGCAGCACAUCCUGAUCAUGGUGGUGGUGAUGGUAGUUUGCUUUCUUCUUUGCUGGCUGCCAUAUGCAACUGUGGUCCUUAUAGCUACCUUUGGAAAGCCUGGCCUUAUCACUCCUGCUGCCAGCAUCAUCCCAUCCCUCCUUGCCAAAAGCAGCACAGUCUACAACCCCAUCAUCUACGUAUUUCUGAACAAACAGUUUUACAGGUGCUUUUUGGCACUCCUGAGAUGCAACAAAGCAACCAUGAACUCCAGCAACAAGUCCUUGCCCAGGUCUUGCCAUGUGCUACAGCAGGUACAGGACAAGGCUGUCCCCACAGUGGCUGCCUUGGUUGGGCAGCCCUCAGGUGGGAGCCUGGACCUUGCUGGGAACAUGCAUCCGCCUCUGGAAGACACCUAAGAGCUGGAAGAGCUGUCAAUGGCUCAGUGCAGCUCGGGUGCUGAGCUGCCAGGCUGACACCAGGCACUGCCACUGCUCUGGGGAGCUGGAGUCCAGAGGGGAAGUGUUCUGUCAAAUAGCCUCAGAUUGUGGCUUUGUUCCUAAUGAAGAUUCACCUGCCUGCUUCCUCAGAGAUUCACCUGCCUGCUUCCUCAGAGAUUCACCUGCCUGCUUCCUCAGAGAUUCACCUGCCUGCUUCCUCAGAGAUUUACCUGCCUGCUUCCUCAGAGAGUGGUUGGUUUCAUCAAUCAGCACUUCCCUGUUUCCCUAAUCAAACACUGGGAACUUCAUGGCAGCUCUAGAAG